GACAGAGGGAAAGAAGGGGGAGAGGCGACAGAGAGGCCGGGGAGGGAAGGAAGGAGGGGGAAGGGGGGAGGGAGGGGAGGGAGGAGGGGAGGGGAGAGGAAACCUGAGACGAGUUCCCCAGGCCGGGAGGUCCCAGACUGACCCCCAAAGCAGCAGCACCUAAGUGCUGGCAAGGAACGUGAGGAAGAAAAUCAAGGCCAACAGUACAGCGACGGGCCGGACAGCGCAAGGGGCCGAGGGUGCCGGCCGCCCUGCCGAGCCCUGCCCGGGCCCCACCACUGCGAGUCCCUGAAGCCAACACUCGCCCAGGGCUCACCGGGGGACCUGCCUUGGCCCCUGGUACUUGGGCUCCCCUGAGUGCCCGAGGGCGUCCUGGGCCGGACAGGGGCAGCCCCAGACCCCCACUGGUGGGCCGGCCUUGCGGCCCCUGGAGCCUCUGAGCCCAGGCUGGGCACUCAGGGAGGCGGCGCUGAGACCCUUCGAAUGUGUCCCUGGGAGGCCAAUGAGGGCCCGUGCGGCAGCCCCGGGCUCUGGGCAUCCUGAGGGGCCUCCCGCAUGGGCGUGGACAGGGCUCGCUGGGCUAGAGCCUCAGACGCAGCCCCCGGCCCCCCGGCCUGGCCCGGGCCUGCGUGGGUUCCAGACGGGUCUGGGCUGGGUGAGGUGAGGGCUGCUGUCAGGGAGACGCCCGGGUGUGGUGCUGGGCCCCUGGUGGGCCCUGGGGAGGCUCCGGGGACGGCAGGGAUGAGGGGGUCUCAGCUGCCCAGCGCCCCCUCCCCUCUCCUGGGGGCCUCAGGCACGGACCCAGCCCAGGGCUCAUGUUCAUGCAGCAGGGGGUGCAAAGGCCCCUCCCCGAGGCUGCCUGGGCUCAAGGCCUUGGUGGAGCGCACGUGGCACCAGCCCUUGGCGGGCGCAGGAGGCCAGGCUGGCACCCGGCGGGCACAGGGCCAGCCACAGAGGCAGAGACCCAAGCGAGCAGAUUGCUGUCGGCGCUCUCUCCCGCUCGCUCUCCCUCCCUCUCCCUGUGUCUCUCUGUCUCUCUCUCCCUGUCUGUCUCCCUCUUUCUCUGUCUGUCUCUGUCUCUCUCCCUCUGUCUCUGUCUCUCUCUCCCUGUCUGUCUCCCUCUUUCUCUGUCUGUCUCUGUCUCUCUGUCUCUGUCUCUUUGUCUCUCUCUCCCUGUCUGUCUCCCUCUUUCUCCGUCUCUGUCUGUCUCUGUCUCUGUCUGUCUCUCUCUCCCUGUCUGUAUCCCUCUUUCUCCGUCUCUCUGUCUGUCUCUGUCUCUCUGUCUCUCUCUCCCUGUCUGUCUCCCUCUUUCUCUGUCUCCCUAUCUGUCUGUCUCUGUCUCUGUCUCUCUGUCUCUAUCUCUGUCUCUCUCCCUCUGUCUGUCUCUCCCUGUCUCCCUCUUUCUCUGUCUCUCUGUCUGUCUCUGUCUCUCUGUCUCUGUUUCUAUCUGUCUCUCUCUCCCUCUGUCUCUCUGUCUCUUCUCUCCCUUUGUCUCUCUGUUUCCCUCUUUUUCUCUCUGUCUCCCUAUCUGUCUCUGUCUCUAUCUCUGUCUCCCUGUCUGUCUCUGUCUUUGCCUGUCUGUCUCUGUCUCUCUGUCUCUGUCUCUGUCUCUGUCUCUCUCAGUCGUCUUCCUAAGAUGCUCAUCAGAGUGUUGCGAGGGGCUCGGGGACAGACAUGGGAACUGGCAGUGCUGUCCCCGCACACAGAGGGGAAGGAUCGGCACAGCCCACGGGGGCCGUCCAGUGCUCAUCUGGCCAGACACGCCAGCGGCGUCCAGCGUGGCGUCCAAAGGAGCGGUGGGGGGCUGCCCGCCCCGUGCGGGAUGGAAGGUGAGGCCGGCCCUGCUGCUCCCGGAACAUUCCACGGCACAGAGAGAGAAACGGGCGUCCGGACACAGCUGGCCCUCGCCAUGCCCGAGGCGAGGACCCUGCCCAGCCACCAGGCCUGCACGGCUGCCCGCCCGUCUGUCACCCAGGCCCACCUGAGGGCGGGGGCGGGGGAGGGGGAGCAGAGGCUUGCUCAAGGCCUGGCCCAGCGGGGAUGACCCCCACUGGCCCCGAGACUGGCUGUGGGAUCAAGCCUUUGGCCCGGCCAGUGCCCACUCCAGCCACCCGGCUGGGGAAGGUCAGCAGCCAUGACGUGGCACAUUCGGGGCACCCCAAAGGUUCUCUUUGGCCACUUGCAGCUUGCCGUUAGUUAAUAUUGCUCUUCAAAAGCAACUGACCCGUGACAUUUGCAUGUAGGUGGAUGGACAUGGAGUGUCAUGCGAAGUGAAAUGGGUCAGAAAGAGAGGGACAGACAUAGGAGGACUGCAGUCAUCUGUGGAGUAUAAAGUAACAUGAUCUGAGACUGACACCCAAGGACAGUAGACACAAGGGCCAGGAAUGCUCCAUGGUUGGCAGCCUGCCUCAUGGGAGGGGGGAGAAGGCAGCUGGGUGGAGAAGGGAGCACUAAGUCAUGAUGGUGGGAGGGAUCUCUCGGGGUGGGAGGUGUGUGCUGACAGUAGAUAAAGGACCAAACGUGGUGGCCUGUCAGUGUCUGUAUUGAAACCAUAAUGCC